AGGAGGGUGAAGCAGGAAGUGGCUGAGGAGCAGCUGGAGCCGGAGAGGGGCCUUGGGGCUGGGAUUGGAGCCGCCCCCCCCCUUCUACUGGAGCCGGGGCCGGGACCCUCCCCCACCGCGCCCGGCCAGCCGGGGAGGAGCCGCAGCAGCAGCCGCCUGAGCCCAGGGGCCAGCAGACUCUGCCGGAUUCUUCACCAUGGGUGACAUGAAGACCCCGGAUUUCGAUGACCUCUUGGCAGCUUUCGAUAUUCCGGACAUCGACACCAAUGAGGCCAUCCAUUCUGGCCAUGAGGAGGCUGAGGCUCACAUCAAGCAGGUCCCCGGGGAGCCCGUGGCCCCUGAACAUGUCCUCCCCCACGCGGACAUCACCGCCGUCAGCGUGAUAGUGAAGAACACUGUCUGCCCUGAGCAGCUCGACCCCUUGGACGGCCGUGGCAAAGAUGGGCAUGGCCUCGGGCCCCGCCUGCUGCAGAAUGGCUUUGGUGCCCCCGAGAUGCCCAGGUCCCCCACCUCCAGGCCAGGGGAAGCAGUGGCAUCAUCCAACGGAGAGUGCUGGACAUCAAAGGAGAAAGGGGCAAAACCCAUGGACAUCUUUUCCCACUUCAGCCCCGAUCCCCAUGAGGAGAACUCUGCGGAUCUGAUUGACAGGCCCCGGGAGGGCAAACAGAAAGAGAAAGCCCUCUCUGUGCCCUCUCUCUCCCCAUCCCCCACCCCAUCUCCUGCCCCGUCGCCAGACUGCAAAGAGCCAGCUGGAGAGAGCACCGAGACCCUCCCGCCGGCUUUCCCGCAGUCCUUUGAAACCAGUCAGGCGGGGGGCAUGAACGGCUCCCCUGCCACCAUCCCCAUGAUCAAAAAAGAGGAGUCCGACUCGGAGGAGCUGGACCAUGGGGCCAGCCCUAAGGGUUUGGCUGCAGCCCUGCGUGACAGCCCCUUGGGGCACCUGAAGUCGGUCACCGUCCGCUACUCCACGGAUGAUUCCCCCGUCACGUCCUGGCCCAGCUCAGAUCCAAACCUUGACAGCAGCACCAGCAACCUCCCCGAAGUGAAAAACUCGCCCACCAGCCCUCAGGAGCCGUUCUUCAAACCUUCCCCACUGGCAGAGGGAAGCCCUGGACCCCUUGGCUCCCCCAAGCCACUGGGGAGCAUCCCCCUCAAGGAAGAGCAGGAGGCUCUAGAGAAACCCCCGCAGAGCAUGUCAAGCGGCGAGGAGGAAGAGGAGGAGGAUGAAGACGGCAGCAAUGACUCCCCCUCUUCCAGUUCCUCGCGACCUCUCAAAGUGCGGAUUAAAACCAUCAAGACGUCUUCUGGCAGCAUCACCCGGACGGUGACCAGAGUCUCCUCUGAUUCGGAGCCGGGAGCUGCCAAGCUGCCUUCGGAGCCAGGUUCUCAGGAGGCCGCCACCGAGGACUCCGUGCUCCCAGCUGCAGUGGUGAAAGAGGAGAGCGUGCUGGAGGUGCCCAAAAAGAAAAUGGAGCUCUCCAGCCCCCUGAAAGUCAUAGAAGGGCCCAAAAUUGUCAGUGUCCAGCUGGGCAACGGCACCAAAAUCAAAGGGACUGUUCUGCCCGUCACCACCAUCCAGAACGCCAGCAGCGCCAUGCUGAUCGCCGCCAGCGUGGCCCAGCAGAAAUCCGUGGUGCUGCCGGGCAAGGCCGUGACAAAGAACAUUAUCAACCUGGUGCCGCAGACCCUCCCCAAAGCCGACACCAGAACCAACGUCAGCACGGUGACCCAGACCACCACUGUCACCACCACGGCCAACCAGAAGGUCAACGGCACCACGGUGGUGAUGGUGCAGCCGCAGAAGCCUUCGCCCACCAUUGCCGGCACGGUCAUUUCCAGGAGCCAGUCCAGCCUCGUGGAGGCUUUCAACAAGAUCCUGAACAGUAAAAACCUCUUGCCAACCUACAAACCCAACCUGAAUCCUCCGGCAGAGUCCAGCCUGACUCUCCCGCCCUUCGGGUAUCGCUGCUUGGAGUGCGGGGACUCCUUCGCCCUGGAGAAGAGCCUGGCUCGGCACUACGACCGGCGCAGCAUGCGCAUCGAAGUGACCUGCAACCACUGCACCAAGCGCCUGGUCUUCUUCAACAAGUGCAGCUUGCUCCUCCAUGCCCGGGAGCACAAGGACAAAGGCCUGGUGAUGCAGUGCUCCCACUUGGUCAUGAGACCUAUUGCUCUGGAUCAAAUGAUUGGCCAGCCGGACAUCACCCCCAUAGUGUCAGUGACCUCCCUCACUGCUGGCAAAGUGGCCGGGGUGCCUCAGGAUGCCAUGGCGACAGCUAAUGGGGCUCAGGACCAACCCAUCCUUCCCCUGAGCGGCAGCUCGGAGCAAACUAGCUAUAACUGCUUCCGGUGUCUGGAGUGCAAGGAGCAAUGCAAGGACAAAGCCGGGCUCGCUGCGCACUUCCAGCAGGCUGUGACCGCGGGAACAAUCACCAGCACGGUGUGCACGACCUGCCCCAUGAUGAUGCCCAAUCCCUGCAGCUUUAACGCUCAUCAACGGAUGCACAAAAACCGGCCCCCUCACGUGUGCCCCGAGUGUGGCGGGAACUUCCUCUUGGCGAACUUCGAGGCCCACCUGAAGGAGGCCUGCCUGCAUUUCUCCAGGAGGGUGGGGUACAGGUGCCCCAGCUGCGCCGUGGUGUUUGGAGGGGUGAAUUCCAUUAAAUCCCACAUCCAGACCUCGCACUGCGAGGUUUUCCACAAGUGCCCGAUCUGCCCCAUGGCGUUCAAGUCGGCCCCCAGCGCCCACGCUCAUAUCUACACGCAGCACCCGGGGUUCAGCAAUCAGCAGUCCAAGAUGAUUUACAAAUGUGCAAUGUGUGACACAGUCUUUACCCACAAGCCCCUGCUCUCCUCUCACUUUGACCAACACCUGCUCAACCAGAGGGUCAGCGUUUUUAAGUGUCCUGACUGCCCGCUGCUCUUUGCCCAGAAACGCACCAUGCUUGAACAUCUGAAGAACACUCACCAGCCGCAGAAACCCAAGGAGGAUCUCACCAAGAAGCCGGUUGCUCUGCUCACCCCCAAGGAGGAGCCUGUGGAAGCCCCCGUCUCUAAGAUAUCCGAGUCGUCAUCCUCGUCCUCGGAGGAAGACGAGCCACCCAGCUCCCCAGAGCUGCGCAAGGCAAAACGGACCCGCUUUCAGCGCAAGACGGAUGCAAGCAAGUCAAAAAGCAGCGGCUGGACGUGCGGGAUGUGUCACUCCUGGUUCCCGGAGAGGGACGAGUACGUGUCCCACAUGAAGAAGGAUCACGGGAAGUCGGUGAAGAAGUUCCCAUGCCGUCUGUGCGAGCGUUCGUUUUGCUCCGCCCCCAGCCUCCGGAGACACGUGCGAGUGAACCACGAGGGGAUCAAGCGAGUCUAUCCCUGCCGGUACUGCACCGAAGGCAAACGCACCUUCAGCAGCCGGCUGAUCCUGGAGAAGCACAUUCAGGUGCGGCACGGGAUAAAGGUGACAGACCAGACCAAGAGCCAAGAGGUGGUCAUUGCCCGGACGGGACCCGGAAGCUUGCAGGUGUCCAGCAGGAAGCGGAAACUCUCCUCGGACGAGGGCGACUCGUGUAGUGAGGAGCCGGACAGCACCACGCCACCCUCCAAGAACCCCAAGGCGGACCGCAAAGCCCCCUUCCGCUGCCGCAAGUGCGGCUACGUGGCCUGCAGCGCGGCCGAGUUCCAGGAGCACAUACCCCAGCACAGGACAGACGAGAGCUCCCACCAGUGCCGGGAGUGCGGCCUUUGCUUCACCUCCCAGGUCUCCCUCAACCGCCACCGCUUCAUCACCCACAAGAAGAAGAAGGGGGCGGGGGAGGUGGAGGAGCCCAGCCCCCGCAGCGGCCACGAGGGAGGGGCCCAGCGCUCGGCCGACGGUAAACUCGUGUGCAAGGUGUGCGGGAAGUGCUUCGACACCCAGCUCAACCUGAAGACGCACUUCCGCACCCACGGCAUGGCCUUCAUCAGGGCCAGGCAGAACGUGAGCCCCGAGAACUAGGGGCGAGGGAGAGGGCAGCGCGUGUAUAUAAUCUCUGCACAGAGCUUGUCGGCCGGCUCCCAGCUGGGCCCCCCCUCUCUGUGCACCGUUUCAGUAUGUAGGUUGGAUAUGUAAAGCUGUGAAGAGAAACGAGAUCCUUAUUUAUAAACCUAGAGGCACGUCGGACGGAUCCGCUCUCCGGCUUCUCUCGGUUGGUGGCCCGGCUGAGGCCGACAUGGGGCGGGGAAUUGGGCUGGUUUACAGUUUAGGCAAGCAAGAGCUCAGCGAGGGCAGGAGUCGGAGGUCUAGCCUAGCUCUGAGACUACAUGGGCAAGCAAACGGUUCAUACGCUGCUCUGAAUGAUAACGAGGGACGCGGCCCGCUCUGUUCGCGAGCAUGUGUUCGGAUUGUCAUGGGCGGUGGCUUCCCUUCAUUGGAACAGGGCAGUUAGUCGUCCCUACCCAGCGUUGUCUCCCAGCUCAGAGGGGCAGCGCUCCGGUGCCAGGAUGUUGUUUGCAGGCUCGGCUACUUAACGGCCACCUUUCCUGAGCCGUGUUUCAGCUCUUUCUGACGGGAGCUUCCCCCGCUUACUGGGAGUUUGCCUCUCCCACAUUCGGACUUGUCCGAAGGGAGUCCUUUCUCUCCAGGAGCGCUGAUGUGGGGACAGGUCGGGGAAGCCCCCAGCCGCCUCCUAGGACAGGGAACCGCCUGGGAAUUUAAGUUACUGUUAAGAUGUUCACAGCAGGAUCCAACUUUUUUUGGUAAUGUUGCUUAUUUUGUAUUUUCAUCUGGAGCUCCGGGAAGAAAUCUUGACCUGACUCUCGGUUAGUUGCCUGGUAUCUUAACUGACAGCAUCGAUCCGAGUUUUUGUGGUUUGUUCACUAACUAUAUUCACCCACUGAAUGCAUGUGUUAUGAAUCCUCUUCACAGGUUCACUUGCACUAACUUAACGCGAUUCUGGGUUUUGUACUAACUGAAAUAUAUGUACAGGGUUGAUGGCUGCAGGUGGCCUGGAUUUAAAAGGAAACAUUUGGCUAUUAAGCUGCAGGUGACAAGCAGAACUGCACAACUCUGUGUGCGUGCGUGUGUGUGUAUGUGUGUGUCUCUUGAAAAUGAAAGCAAUAACCUCAGGAAGUGAGGUCUGGCAGGGAAAUGGACUGAGAGCCAGGGCAGUGCAGUUAACCCUGCAUGUACUAUAUAAAGGGUGUCUGAGAAGCCAGAAACAGCUUAGUUUGAUCCUUGCCUACCUCCCAAGGCAAUCCCUCGAAAUCACCGAGGGGUGAUUAGUCCUGAUUAAUUUUCCCCACCCCCCUGCUAGCGUUUGUAACAGUCUUUGCUUGUGAGCUCUUCUCUCUUUACCAAGAAAUGAACCAAGUUAUCAGCAAAUACUAAAUCUCUUUACAGCCGCGAGGGUCAAAGAACAGUUGAUCAAAAACAGAGAUUUUGUUGCAGGUGGGGAUUUUAUUUUUGGGUGGGUGGGGGGAAAAUCAGCACCCAAAAGGAUGCACCCGAACCCCCCUUCCCCCAGAUGUUAUUGGUUGAGGGCUGGGCUUGAAUCUUAUCUGUGGGGUGAGGUGGAACUCUGUGGGCCCUGAUCUGUGCUGCUGCUGCUGGGAAAUGCUGUUUGCCCAGGUUGAGUAGUGAAGAACAGAAGGAUCUGGGAACAGAAGAGGGUAGCGACCCCAUUUCCUUCCUUGGGGCUGCCAAGAGAACUUGGAUCUUCAAUCCAAGGGAGUUGAGACUAGUCUGUUCAAAGCACCUGCCAGGGUUUUCCAACCUACCAUGUCCUUAAAAGUCCCAGCUGGCUGUAAAUAACCAUGGUAAUUUAGAGGGUAAGAGAACGUGCUUUGUUAGAAGCAGAAGGGGAAACGAAACCCUCUUUUAAAAAAAUUAUGCAGAAUUCAGUUCUUAGAUUGACAUAGAUGCUUUCAUUCCCCACCCAUACGCACCCACAGGCCCGUUGGACCGACACACACUUAAAUCAUGGCAGCUGGCAUUGCAAACUCCGCAGGGCCUCAAUCCAAGAGCCGCAGGAAAACCCCCCACCCCAGGCCAGAUCCAUUGAUCAGAGCAAGCACUGCCCUGAAACUCCCCCUUUGGGUUCAGCCUUCAUCUCCCCCUCCGCUUCGGGUUCUGGGUCCCUCAUCUGCCAGUGCAGCACUUGCCACCCACUGCCAGCGCAUUCCUGUACCACGUGACCAAGAUCACAGCCAAGUUAAGGUCUCGGAAGCAUAUUUAUAGCAGUUUUGGACCGCUAAAUCAUGUUUGGAAAAACGAUUUCGACUUGUUUCGUUUGUUGCUUUGGCUUCUGUGUUUCAGUUACGGUGUUGUGUGAGUAAUUCUUAUUUCGGUAACUUAACUUUGGGUUAUUUUUUUUAAUGGUGAAUAACUUUUAAACUGUGUGUAAAAAGUUCUGUAACAUACACUAAAAAAAAAAAAAGCUACUGUUGUGAUUUAUUUUUUCUUGUUUAGAAAAAGGAUUUGCUGUUUUUAAGUUCAACGGGAUAACUUUCUUCCCCCUCCGAAGACGGUUCGGUUGAAAGGAACAAAUGCGGUUGUUGUUGUUUUUAAUUCAUAGUAAACAAUUUGUUUGAUCCAAAUGAAUGUUUAUGCAGCAGCAUUUGAGGUUUUAAAAAAAAAAACACACAACCCCACACCUUUUACUGUAUAAAACUGCAAUCAAAUAUUCCCAAUGCUUGUUGUUACAACCUGCCUUCCAACAGGGUCAGCGGCUGCAGUGGAGUGGUAACUAUAUUUUUAAGACAUUUAGUUCCACUAGCAAGAGUAACCAAGCUGAAAUGAAGGUAACUACAUAUUUUAAAUUUCCUCCCAGUUUUUUGCUUUGUCUUAACUGUCUCUUCUCUCACCCCGAAAAACCCUACACUUUUUAAAAAUGUAUUCGCUUGGAGCUGUGAAAGUAUAAAUGCUGUUCAAUAAUAUAGACGAACCUAAAGUUUCUACCGUUUUAGAGAGGAAGAAAAACAAAUUGCUUUGUAAUCUUUGGUGAUCUUAUUUCCCAUGCACUUCAGUGCCUUUAGAUUGACUUCUGUUUUAAAAAAAAAAAAAAAAAAAAAAGUGAGACUCUGCAUUUUGUUUUUAGAGGGGGUUUGUGAACUGAUGAUUAUGCUACAUUAAAAAUAUGGGCACUGCAAAAGGCUCUCAGGUAUUCUUUAUUCUUGUAGUAAUAAUGCAAUUAAAACUUUUAGUGGUUUAA